AGUCCUCCUCGUCUUAUGGCUACCAGCCCCAAGAACAGCCUCCCAAUCCGAGUGAGGGAGGGAGACACGCGCCUGGCGUGCAAGCGGCAAUCCGACGGCACUGCCUCGGUUCCUCUCCUCGCUCGCCGGCCCCCAAUGGUGAUAACAUGAUAUUGCUGUGAAGUUUUGUGGCACUUGUAUCCCUUUUAACAAGAAGUCUAAGUUUCCAAGUGAUCCUUUUGAGCAAAUGGAAGGCAAUAACGUACCCCCUGAAAGCAUGAUGCAAGGGGCUCCUUAUGGCAGUUUAGACUUACAUGGCAACUCUGUGCAAACCCAUGCUCCAAACUCAGGAAAACAGAUCUUCAGCAACUCUCAGAUGCCUGGGACUUUCACAACGACUAUGAACAGGGCUACAGAGCCUGUUGACUUUCCUGGGUUUCAAUUCAAAGAACAUGGAAAGUGUGAUAAACACCAUCAUCACCACAGUCAUCACUCAAUUAACAGCAUGAGUGAUGACGAAGAACAUGAUAUGACUGAAGAUGCUACCGAUACCCCCAGUAGCAAAGGCAAGAAGGGCUCCCCGUGGCAUCGGAUGAAGUGGACAGAUACAAUGGUAAAGCUUUUAAUUACAGCAGUGUCAUACAGUGGAGAUGAUCAUGGUCCUGAUUUAGGUGGUGGCAGGAGGAACUUUACAAUAAUGCAGAAGAAGGGCAAAUGGAAGGCUAUAUCGAAGGUCAUGGGCGAGAGAGAAUGCCAUGUGUCACCACAGCAGUGCGAGGAUAAGUUCAAUGACCUUAACAAGAGAUACAAAAGGCUGACAGACAUCCUUGGCAGGGGUAUUGCUUGCAAUGUUGUGGCAAAUCCAGCACUUCUUGAUAGCAUGAAUCAUCUUUCUGAUAAGAAGAAAGAAGAUGCGAAGAAGAUACUUAGCUCAAAGCACCUGUUCUAUGAGGAGAUGUGUUCCUACCACAAUAACAACCGAGCGAAUUUGCCUGAAGAUCAUGCACUUCAGCAUUCACUACUUCUUGCCCUUAGAUGUAAAGAUGAGCAUGAUCCUCGGAGGGAUACAAGUGGAAAUGAUUAUGAAGAUGAUCAAAGCGUGGAUUCUGAUUAUGAGGAGAAUGAUGAAGAGCAACAUCAUGUGCAUGCAAACAUGAGGGAGCCAUCAACGCACAAAAGGCCACGCCAUGGUGAUGCAGCUUUGGUCACCUCAAGCUCUCAUAAAGGUAGUGAGAGGUCUGGUCCCCAUGGCAUCGAAGUGGAUAUCAACAAGGCUUUCCCGGAUGGAACCAACUGGUCUUUGAUGCAACAGGACUUGGCUUCACAAACACUAGAGAUUCAGAAACGUCUCUUGCAGAUUGAAGAAAAAGAUCUGGAACUCAAAAUGCAGCGUCUGAAGUGGGACCGAUACAGGAAGAAGAAAGACAGGGAGAUACAAAGAAUGGAGAUGGAGAAUGAACAAAUGAUGAUUGAGAAUAAACGCUUGGAAAAUGAGCUAAGACAGAAGGAGCUAGAGUUAGAGCUUAAGCUAAAAGGCCAGGCGAAUAAUGCAUGACCUUGGUUGAUCAACGCUUUGAUUCUGUGUUAAACUAGUCGCAGAUGCUUUCAAUUCAGAAUGGAGUUGUGCUUCUGGAAGAGGUGAAGGACUAAAGGUGCCGGAUUGGAGUAGACUCCGACAACCAUUUCUGUGCGUAUGACUUGGUUAUGUCUGAUGUACUGGUUGUGCCUACUGCUUGCAACAUUCCCCGCUUGGGCAGUAGCAGUAUUGGGCUUGAUGUGCUGCGUCUGUAAGGCUGUAACUUGAAGUAUUUCGUAGUAUUUCUUCAGCAUUUAUGUCAAGGUGAGAAAAGGGGAGGAAUAAUUCCUUCUAUGUGGAUUUAA